GAAUUCAAAAUGAGUAUUAACACCAACUGGCAGGUAGAGAAAUACAAAUACCCAUUUGAGAGUGAGGAACACUGGAAACUCAAGAAAGAAUUCUUGCUAGCACACAAGAGCAAUGUUCCUGAAGAACAGCUGGUAUGCCUUGCACAGGUGUAUGUAAAUGUUAAGCUGCUUGGGUGCAGGUAUCCAGCAGAGACAAUGAAAAAGAUUUCAGCUCUUGGUGUCAAUCUAGGUAAAGAGUACAAAGAGAUGCAGAAGACGCGGCUUCAACGUACCUUCGUCAAGGCUUCUGAUGCCGCUGAAGCCAAAAUCAUGAGAGCUCCAAAGAGAAAGAUUGAAGACACAAAUCAGAGUAACAAAAUUACAAAGAAAGUGCCCUUAGCUCAGAGACCCGUAGCAUUUGUUAAGUCUAGUGACAACCAGACGGCAAAGCAGAAAGCAAAAGAAGACCUUGCUGACACUCAGGAACCAAAGCCACCCAAGCAGAAGAAAAUGGCACAGAAUAACGUCAGUACGUUAGUCGCUAGACACGAAACAGACCAGCAAUACAGGAACACCAGUACAAUGCCCUUAUCUCAGAGACCCUUAGCCUUUGUGAAAUCCAGUGAGGUCCUUCAUUUGGGGAAAGACCCACCAGACACUCCUGAAAUAGAAAUGAAUGAUGAGGAGGUAGAAGAAGCACAAACAGAACCAGCCAGAAAACCAGUCUCCAGCCAAAAUGAUCAGCCAUGGAACAUCAACCUUGCAGCGAAUAAAUAUGUAAUAGCUGUUCAGAAUAAUUCCAAAUUCACUAAUCCUGUAGGGCAGCCCAAAGGUUUGUCCUCGGGAAGGGAAAUAAGUCAAUCGGGUGCUAGGGCCGGAAGAGGAGCAAAAAGGGCUGGUCCAUCUUUCCAAGGGCCAGCACCCACACCUGCAUUUAGUCAGACCAACACCAUUGCCCCCUCAAAUGGAAUGCAACAGAGGCAAGGACAGAAACCAUUCAUGAAAUUCAAGAUCAACGAGAGGGACCCCCUGGCCAGAUUUGUGAUUUUGGAGCAUGAAUACGUAGACAACUACUCGGCGAUCAGCACCGUUAACCAGUCAGCCAACAUCUCCCAUAUGCAUAUAGAGUUCAAAUUUAGUGAUUGCGGUAUUAACACGGAGUGUGCGGUGUUGAUACAGGGACAACAGGUUGGUAAGGCCAAGGAACCCACCAAGAAAGCCGCCAAGGAGAGUGCAUCGGCACAAGCACUCGAGGAACUCCGGCGCAGGUGCUAUACUCUCAAGAUCUUGAAGAAGCACGCAUCAGAGGAGGAGGUGUCCAUCACCGACGUGGAUGGAAGGGUGUCCAAGGUAAAUGACGUAGGUGCCUCCUUAGACAAGCCCAUGGAGGACUCGUCCGUAGGUAGCAGGCUUCUCAAGAUGAUGGGCUGGAGUGGCGGAGGACUAGGCAAGGAGGAGUCAGGCAUCACAGAACCUAUCAGGCCAGCUACUGUAUUUGGGCGUGAAGGACUGGGUCAUCAGGAGCAGGGCGUCACACAAAAGUUCCGCUCGUACAUCAGGAAUCUCCUGUCAGACUUUUCUAGGGGCACUAGCCUCAAGGACUUGGCCUUCUCGCCAGAGUUCUCCAGGGAGCAGCGGGCCGAGAUACACAUGGCUGCUCGUAAAUUCAAGCUAAAGACCAAGAGUUUUGGCGAAGGACAGAACCGCUUUUUGGUGCUGUCCCGCAAGUUCUCAGCCCUUGAGCUCAUCGAGAAGAUCAUGCAGGAGGGCGGGACGAGCAAGUACGAGGUUGUGCCACCAAGGCGCUAGUAACAGGGGGGGCAGUUUUAUGUCAAAAGGAACACAUUGCAGGACAGUGCUGUUUGCAAGGAGGGCAUUGUUGCUGAAGUUCCCCCCCCCCCCCCAUUCCCUUUUCCAAACACACUUAUAGUAUGCUAUAUAUAUAUAUAAAUAUUCAUGUUUUAAUAUGUAUAUUUAUUUACACAUAUUUGUGUUUUCUUGAAUUUGCUAGAUUUUCUUUUGGUAGGGAUCUUAUGUUUUGACUCGGUAUUCCACUGCAGCCCAAGUCCCUUGACAUGCAAGUCAAAAAGGGCAUUAUUACAUAAAGUAUAUUUCUGUAGUGCUGUAUUUCUAACCAUGUUGAAGAAACAAAUAUUUUAACAGUGUAAUGCAGCUGUAGCGGACUUCAAUGUCAUUAUUUCAUCAGAUGUCUACUUAGGAGAACUUUUCUUAUCUGUUUUUGUUUGUUGUUCAGCUAAUCAUUUGUCCUAUGGUUUUUGAUAUCUUAAAGUAUGUAAGGUAUACAUACAUACAGUAUAAUGUUUAGAUUAAACAUUCAUUGUAAACAAGAUUUAUAUUACACAAAUUUCAUAAUAUUUUGUGUUUGAAUGGCAUAAUAAGAACCCAGAUUAUUUAAGUGUUUGUGAAGUCAUAGUAUAUUUUGAUUUUUUUUGAGGCAUGAAUAGGUAAAGUAAUCUUUAUGUUAUUUAUUUAUUUUAAUUUUUUUCUAUUCAUUUGUUUAUUUCUUGUAAAAUCCUACUAAGUGAACUGAGAUGAUGGUGUUAUGUAUUCUGUACAAAUGAAAUGUUAAAAAAGAAGAAGAUAUUUCUGUAGUGAGAGAUACAUCCACAAAAGAAAUUCAGAAAUAAAGUUAUAGAUCAACA